AUGACAUUUCACGUGACAUGUGUGCGAUUAACGGAAUUGGUAAAAAAUAUUUUUUAGUAUAUUUAACACGCCUGUAUCGGGAAGUUUGAUACGAGAAUUUCGAUCUUUGCACCCAGCUUAACUAUGACAAGCGAAGCACAAGGAACAAAAACAAUGAAACCGUGGCGGUAUGUUCUAAGGACCGAUUAAUUGUAAUUAGUUUGUUAAAAAGGAUGGCCAGAGUGGGGUCAAUAUAUGUCAACAUUAGUUAGGCUUUCCAAUUUAUAACGUCUGAUGCGGCUCUCCAUCCAAGAAAUUGUUAGAAUUAUUACUUGAGAUCAUGCGUUAUUAUGAAUUAAUGAACCUGAAAGAUGUAGAACUAAUAUCAUGAGUCAUUCCACUUACUGAUCGUAUAUAGUUAAACUUAGAUAUGUUUACGUUCGCUGACGUAUAGACCAACUUUUACAACUCCGCAUUUGUUGUGUAACACUCCCGGUAAUCUAAUGUUUCAAAUGUGAACUCUGGUGUUAGGGAAUUGAAAUUGCAAGGUGAAUCAACUGGGGGGGGGGGCGCAUGGGCGCAUGGGCGCAUCGGCGCAUUUACAAUCCGCUCGAACUUGAAGUAAACUUUGCACCCGCACGUAUGAUUUGACAGUAAGUGAAAACAUCUAUUUCGCCUAACUCGGAAAAAAAAACAAACACUGCCCUGCACAGAUCAGCGGUUGAUAUGCCAGUGCAAACGUUCCAAUGCAAUGGAAUCACAAAGACUGGCAAUCGAUGCAAGAUAAAGGUAAAUCUGUCUGCGGGGUUCUGCCAUUAUCACGAGCAUCAGUCCGGGCUUAAGUACGAUUCCUACGUGCAUUACUCGGCUAAAAAGAAAUCAAACAAUGCAGGCUAUAUCUACAUGUAUACUUUCACGAACUUUGUCAUAAACGGUGGUACCCCAUGGCUGUUCCAGGUUCAAAACCUACCUGAUUGCUCAUCAAGAAAGAAAAAUAAAUGGGUUGAUUUUAAAGCAAAGAAAUCUCCCUUUAUCCUCAUCAAGAUUGGAAUGACUACAAAAACUGUAAAUACGCGUCUUAAAGAAUGGGAAAGUCAGUGCCAUCAUGAUAUAACUAAUUUGGGACCAAUGAAUCGACAUUUGGUGGUUGAACACGAGAGUUCGGUUAAGAUGUUGAUUUCCAAAUUUCUCAAUCUAAAUAUUUCUAGCCAUCACGUCAUCAACAGUAACAUCAGUUCUUACCGAAGGUACAAAGAUAAUGGUUUCUACUGCAAACAAAAUCUUGACCUUGUAGAACAGAAAAUUCAUCAAUCACUACGAGAUACUUAUGGCAAGGGUGAUGUUUACUGUAAAGGUUGUGUUACUAGUAAACUGCCAGGUAAGACAAAGUCUGGAGCUCCGUUUCCGAAGUUCAAUACUCAUAAGGAAUUUUUUUUGAUUCCGAAGAAAGAUAUUGACUCUGUUUAUGAACUUAUAGAUUCAAUGUGUAUACGAUAUGGAUAAAAUAUACAACAAUACUACAACUAAUUAAACUAACAUGAGUUUUUAUUUAAUCACAUUAUAAAGUUACAAAUAAAUCUUUUACACAGAUAAAAACACAAAAAAUUUGGGAAGAUUAUAAGUCUAAGUAUUCAUAUAAGUAGAUGGAUCAACACCUUCUUCUGGGAAUUCAGUAAUCUUGACAUCGAAUCUACUUUGAAUCUUUUCUAAAACUUCUUCGUCUUCCUUGGUACUAACCAAAGAAAUAGCUAAACCCUUGGUACCAAAUCUACCAGCUCUACCAACACGAUGCAAGUAUUGAUCGGCUUCGUUUGGUAAAUCGUAGUUGAUGGCCAAGUUGAUUCUUUCAAUAUCAAUACCUCUACCAAAGACAUCAGUGGAAACACAGAUUCUCUUGUUGAAUUCUUUGAAGGAUCUGUAUCUUUCGAUUCUUUCUUCUUGUGGUAAACCAGAAUGAACAGCAAUAGAUGGGAAGUUACAAGCACACAACAACUUGUUCAAUUCAUUGGCUCUUUGGGUAGAUCUCACGAAUAUAAUAACUUGGUUAAAUUCAAGAGAAUCUAAUAAAUCAGAUAAUUUUCUAUUCUUUUCCUUUUCUUCCAACUUGAUAUAAUAUUGUUGUAAACCGUGUAAAGUCAAUUUAGCUUCAUCAUCAACGUAAAUUUCCAAUGGAUUUUGCAUAAACUUCUUACAAACUGGACGGAUUUCUUGUGAUAAAGUAGCAGAAAACAUCAUAACUUGCUUUUGGUGAGGAGUGGCUCUAAAGAUAUCUUGAACAUCACGUCUCAUGUCAAUGGCCUCCAAGACUUUAUCACAUUCAUCAAUAACAAAUGAUUUAACAUUGUUUAAUCUGAUGGCCUUUUCUUGAACUAAAGCAUGCAAUCUACCUGGAGUGGCAACAACAAUAUGAGGACAAGUGUCUUUGUUCUUUAAUUUUUCGAUAUCUCUCUUAAUUGGAGUACCACCGUAAAAGACUUCGGUCUUAACGUCUGGCAUAUACUUGGAAAAUCUGGCAUAUUCAUUACGAAUUUGGUAAGCCAAUUCUCUGGUAUGACAGAUAACUAGAGUGGAAAUUUCUCCUGGAAUUGGGUCCAAUUGUUGUAAAGUAGACAAAACAAAGACGGCAGUUUUACCUAAACCGGACUUGGCUUGACAAAGAACAUCAGUACCCAAAAUAGAUUGAGGGAUACAAACUUGUUGGACUCGGAUGGAUGUUCAAAACCACAAUCACCAAUAGCUCUUAAUAAUUCAGGCUUUAAUAAGAAAUCUCUGAACCCAGUGGCAUGGAUACCAACAUAAGAACCCUUUUUGUCAGCUUCUUUGUCGUUGGCAGCACCUUCAGCACCAGCAUCAUUACCAGCCGUGGUAGCUGAGGUAGUUGGAACGGCGAUUUCUUCAGAAUCGGAGUAAUCCAAUAAUUCUUCUUGACCUUCGUGAGACAUUGUAUCGGGUUUAAUGAACUAUUUCGUAUAAGAUAUAGAAAAAGCUU